GUAGGUUAGUAUAGCGAUUAGAAAUAAUAAUCUGUCCAAGAGGCAUUACUACUCUAGUGGAGAUUUCUCAAAGGCUAACAUAUUGAUUAUUUUAGCUAUUUUUGGAGCAAUUUACCCUUUCCAUAAAAAUGGCUUCAAAUGGGUGUUUUAUUGGUGUAAUGUUAGCGCGCAUGCACGAUCAGCUACCGUUGUGUAGUUAUACGGACGAGAAUUAUUCCAAUUCCAAUUUUAUUCGUCAACAGAUGAAGCGCAUUAUUGAGCGCAUGGAGACGCCUGCGAGUACUGCCGAUCGCUCUGCUUCCCGAGGCAGCUAUUAUCAAAGCUUUGAUCACAAAGAUUGCAUUUACUUUGCUUUCCAGGACUCUGGAACUAACCUCACAGUGAUCACUGCUCUGAAUAAAGUCUUACUACGGAACUCUGCGGAUGAACUUGGAACGAAUAAACUAGCCUGUAAACUUCUAGAUAUGGUUAUGGCGGAGUUUUUACAAGCUUUCACUAUCGAGGAAAUUGAAUCGAAGCAUCUGAGACCUUUUCACUUCAUUAAAUUUGACACCGUGCUUCGCAAAUGCAUAGCUCGAGUGAUUCAGCAGGAUCGUGUCUCGGGAGAUGGUCUUGCACUAGGGGGUGGUAGUGGUGCGGUUACGGGUACAGGACGACGUCAGAUAAAUCCAAACUAUGAAUCUCUUAGGCAAGAAAUUACUGACGUACAUUUUGUCAUGCGGAAAAAUUUGGAGGAUCUCAUGAAGCGCGGCGAGAAGUUAGAAACAAUGAAUAAUUACUCAGCACAAUUAGUGGAUCAAAGCGCACGGUAUUACCAAAAGACCGUAGAUAUGAAUCGAAUGCGCUUGGUGAAGAUGUACGCUCCAGUGGCAGUGGUGUUUUUUGUUUUAUUACUAUUUUUUUUUAUUUACUUCUUUUAA